AUGCCAAACCCGACACCACCGGCGGCGCCCGCCGCUGGCCCUUCCUCCUCCGCGCCAGAAAGCUUCCGCAACUUUAACAUCCCUCCUCCGCCCGUCGCCGGUUCGCCCAUCACCAUCUGCACGAACGGUACCGCGCCGAUUCCCUCUGCCGAACUCGCCAAACUCCGCGCCUCGUUGCUCUUGUCUCGAAUCGUCGCGGCGGAGCGGGUGCAGGUGUGCGAGUCGAAUCAGCGGAUUCUGGCGGAUCGCAUGACGUCGGGAUUACCGAGGGAGUCGGAGCGGAAACGAAGAAGAGAGGAGGACGAGCGGCGGGAGAGGGAGCGGUCGGAGAAGGCUGAGCGAGAUCGGAUGGAGCGUGAGAAGGAGGAGAGGGAGAAUGCGCGGAGGGCGUCGGUACCCGCUGUCAAGCAGGAGCAAGAGGAGGAGCGGAAACCGUCGAAGCAACCGAAGGACAAGCAGCGAGUGUCUGCGGACGUCUCGCAAACUGACCAGGGCAAGGAUGCGGAACGGCGGCAAGGCGGGAAGACGGAUGCGCAGGGCGACGUCGUGAUGAGCGACGCCUCUGGUUCUGCGUCCGUCGCUGCGACGCCGUCCUCGGCUGCGACGCCCGUCUCGAAGAUCCCGCUGAAAGGCGCACGACCACCCGCUAUGUCACCAGAUGCAGACGAAGAGCCAGUCCAGCCAAGACCUCCGCGACCACACGACAAGAAGAAGCGGAAACGGGACCACGUCUUCGACUCGGAUGCCUCUGCGACAGAAGACGACCAACCGCUUUUGCAGCGCAUGCGAACGAUCGACUCGACAGCCGCCUCUUCUCCCGCUGCUUCCUCCUUUGCUCCUCAGCUCACCGUCACCUUUGCGAACCUCAACGGUGGUCCGGAUGGCGUCACCGCGAUCCAGACGAAGCUGAAGGAGGAGCGGUUCACCAAGCAUUCGAUCCCCAUCAAGCCCCCUCCGCCCGGCUCCGCCACAGCCUUCUACGUUCCCGCGCACGCGCUCGUCCCUCCCCGCCCUCCCGCCAUCCCACCCGCCUCGACGCCCAAACGCCAGGGAGACGUCACAGGCGACUUCUCCAACGCCAAGCCGGGUCAGCAGAUUGCGCAUAGCACGUUCCAGAACUGGGUGGAUGCGUAUUUGAGGCCGUUUGGGGAGGACGAUUUGGCGUUCCUUGCGCCCAAGCCGGAGGACUUGACGCCGUACAUCAUCCCGCCUCUCGGGAAGCACUACCUCGACCGCUGGGAAGAAGAAGACUCGGACGCCCCUCCGCGUCGUCACGACCCGACCUACCUCUCACCUCUUGAGCCGCCCGUCCUUCCCCGCUUGCGCCCCGACGCUCUAACCGAAGACGCGCUGGGAACGGAACAAGUCUUCCUCGGUCCGUUGAGCGAGAGGUUGAUGGCUGCGCUGGCGGUGGACGAGGUGCCGGAUGUGAGAGGGGAGGACGAGCUGGAUGUGCCGAUGGAGGAGGGACCGGUGCCGCCGAAGUUGCCGAUGGAUGCGGUGGAUUUGGAGGAGAGGGUCAGGAGGGAGUUGAGGUAUAUCGGGAUCCUCCCGGAAGAGGAUCCGGACUGGGGCUCUCGCGAAGACGACGAGAUCUCGUCCGCCCUCCGCGCGUGCCAGCGGCUGCUGCACCAACAGACCUCUCUCAACGAAGCGCGCAAGUCGGUCUUGAUGUCGCUCGUCAAGGACCGCAUGGCCUAUCAGGACUACGAGAAUGCGCGCGACGCGCAGGAGCGGGUGAUUGAGCAGGGGUGGCAGAAGCGGAUGCGGGUGGACGUCAAGAAGAAGAAGAAGGGGAAGGACCGCGAUCGGCGUGCGGGUGGUGGUGGCGGCGGAGCAGCGGGCGCAGGAGCGGCGGGUGCGGGCAAGGACGAGGACGGGUCGAAGCAGCCUGUCAGCCUCGAGUUGCUCGAGGCGGUCGAGCGGCGCGACAGGCUCGUCUCGGCGUUCAAGCCGUUCUUUGACGAGGACGAGGUCGGACGGUACUAUGGCCUGCCGGAGCGCAGCGUGUACGAGGGCCUCGAGGCGGCGCUCGCGGCGGAGGAGGACGGGCUCGACACGGCGGACGAGGCAGACGGAGCGGCGUCGGCAGUCCCAGCAGCGGGCUAG